AGAAGCGGGCCUUCGCCGUAGUAGGCUUCGGGAAAUUAGCGUGCUGGAGACGGGGUGCGCCGUCAUCGCGCUUUCUGCUUCGGGUUACGCCAUCAUUCAUCCAGGGUCAUUCGGUUCACCGGGGUAACGGAGAUGAUGGCCACAUCACGGGCGCGCGUGCCUCCGUGCUCCUCAUGACCGACCGGCGGCGGCGGCAGCAGCAGCAGCAGCGUGCGUGUUUGGGUUUGUCUCACACCGGGCUGGCGUGGAUCCGAUCCCACCGUCUGGCGGAGCGUCUGCCAGGCUGAGUCACCACUGGAGUGUCUGAAGGGUCGCGAGAGAGAAAGUGAAGGAGGAGGCUGAGACGUUACAUCACAACGUGGCAGAGAAAGUGAGAGGAAGAGUGUGAGAGAACAGGAGAGCAGAGCGAGACGGCCGUAAGGGAGAGCGAGAGAGGAAGUCGAGCACUGGACUGACCCUUGAACUCUGACCUCGGAGCCAACAUGAACGACCAGAACGUAGUGAAAGAGGGAUGGGUGCAGAAGAGAGGUGAAUACAUUAAGAACUGGAGACCGCGGUACUUCCUGUUAAAGAUGGAUGGGUCGUUUAUUGGAUAUAAAGAGAAGCCGCAAGAUGCAGAUCUGGCUUAUCCACUCAACAACUUCUCUGUGGCCAAGUGUCAGCUGAUGAAGACGGAGAGACCGAAGCCCAACACCUUCAUCAUCAGGUGUCUGCAGUGGACCACUGUGAUCGAGCGCACGUUUCACGUGGACACGCCUGACGAGAGGUACCACACGCCCAAAUCAAAUUAUCUGUUUUUUCAUUUGUCGAGAGAGCGUGUAUUUUCGGAGGAUAGAACCCGUUUCUACGGCGCUGAGAUCGUUUCUGCGUUGGAUUACUUGCACUCUGCGAAGAUUGUUUACCGUGACCUAAAGCUGGAAAACCUGAUGUUGGAUAAGGACGGUCACAUAAAGAUCACUGAUUUCGGCCUGUGUAAGGAGGGCAUCACAGACACGGCCACCAUGAAAACGUUCUGCGGGACCCCGGAGUAUCUGGCCCCUGAGGUAUUGGAGGACAAUGAUUAUGGGAGAGCGGUGGACUGGUGGGGUCUGGGAGUCGUUAUGUAUGAGAUGAUGUGUGGACGCCUUCCCUUUUAUAAUCAGGACCAUGAGAAGCUGUUUGAACUGAUUCUGAUGGAGGAGAUCAAGUUUCCCAGAACCCUCUCUGCAGACGCCAAGUCUUUACUGUCUGGAUUACUCAUCAAAGACCCCAAUAAGAGGCUCGGAGGAGGCCCGGAUGAUGCAAAGGAAAUCAUGAGGCACAGUUUCUUCACUACGCUGCACUGGCAGCACGUCUAUGACAAAAAGCUGGUACCGCCGUUCAUGCCGCAGGUCUCAUCUGAGACGGACACCAGGUAUUUCGACGAGGAGUUCACGGCGCAGACCAUCACCAUCACCCCUCCAGAGAAGUACGACGAGGAUGGGAUGGACUCGGCCGAUAGCGAACGGAGACCACAUUUCCCACAAUUCUCGUAUUCGGCCAGCGGGCGGGAGUGAUGUCAUCAAAUAACGCCGUUUAAGGAGCCCCACGUAGCCGUGCUAGAAACAGCCCCCCUCUCCGUUUAAUUACCGAAAGUCAUAGCGAGUCGUUUUUGUUGCUUUCUGUUAGUUUUUUGUGGGACUUAAAAGGGGUUUUGCACAGUUGGGUGAGACUUGAGCUGGUCGACCCACAUUAAAAAGUCUUGUUCACUUUCAGCUUGUUGUUUACAGAUCAUGGACAUUUUUUUUGGGGGGGGGUGUUGUGGUAUGAUCAGUAUUGACCUGGAGCAUUUUUGUUUUUUGUUUUGCACUCCUUUAAAAGAGCCGUUGUGGGGAACAAACCAAAAAUGUUGCCUUAUGUGUGUGGAUCUCAUCAGACAGACAGACAUGUAGUUAGACACAGCAGUAGAUCUGUUCCUGUGAGGCUCACGAAUUUUAAUUUGUUCUUGCAUUUUUAGCACACACACACACACCCACAUCCUCUGUCUGAGGCGUUGAAGAGUUUCGUUCCUUGUUCGUGCUUUCGGUAAAUAAUGAAAACGGAGAAAGUAGGGGAAAUGGACUCUAGUGUUAAUAUUUGCGUUUCUCUUUUAGUUUUGUCCUCACGCUCUGAUAUGAAGGUUUCAGUUCAAAUACACAACCAUACAACAAACUGCCGUUAUUGUAAAGGUCUCUCAGGCAAUUCAGAGCACAAGUGUGAAUCUCACGAAACCCGCCAAGAGCAUGUCUGCGUCGUAUUUCACUGUGAAGCCGUAAAGAAAAAAAAAAACUCAUAUUUUGCAUGAGGAAAAUUUAGCAUAUUUUUAGUAUCAUUUAGAUGUUUUGCACCACAACAUUUUCAUCGCCAUAAUGCAACAAAAAUCUCAUCACUGCAAAUACAGAAAUAUCAUGUAAUAAUA